AGGGAGUCUCCCUGCCUUGCUCCUCCUUGGCGGCAGACGUAAACAACACCUGAAACAAACCAUUCUUUGUCCCUCCUCGCGCACCAUUUAUUAAUCCCAAACGGGGGGAAUAGAGGAGGACAUAGAGGAAAGUUUCGAAACAUGUUGGUCUUGUCCUUUGUAUUGGGUCUAUUGGCCUUUGGAGGAGUGAAUUGCGAUGAACACGGAGCGAAUGCAGUGACAUUUACAUCGGAUACUUUUGAAGACUCGGUUCCCUUGAAGCCGCAUUUUGUGAUGUUUUUUGCCCCCUGGUGUGGCCAUUGCAAAAGGUUAAGUCCAACUUGGGAUGAUCUGGGAAAGAAAUACAAUAGCCAGGAGUCAACAGAGGUUGUCAUUGGCAAAGUUGACUGCACACAACACACUGCACUUUGCUCCUCCCAAGAUGUGACAGGAUACCCUACACUGAAGCUUUUCGCAAAGGGUGUUGAAGGCGGCGUCAAGUACCGUGGACCUCGUGACCUGGCUUCUUUAGAGAGGUUCAUUGCAGAACAGCUUGGAACAGAAGUAGAGGAUGAUGGGCAAGCUGCAGUUCCAGAUGCUCAUGCUGGGCUUAUAGAGUUCACAGAUGCAACUUUCAAGACCGUGGUGGCCACUGGAAACCACUUCAUCAAGUUCUAUGCUCCAUGGUGUGGCCACUGCCAGAGACUUGCCCCAACCUGGGAUAUUCUGGCCAAGACCUUUGAGCACGAUAAGUCUGUCACGAUUGGAAAGCUGGACUGCACAAAGUACCGUGAGAUUUGCACCGAGUAUGAGGUCAAAGGCUACCCAACUCUCCUAUGGAUUGAAGAAGGGAAGAAGAUGGAGAAAUAUUCAGGUGACCGCAGCCAUGGAGACCUCAAGGCCUUUGUGGCAAAGAUGCUAGGAGACGAAGCUGGGAAAAAGAAGGAAGAUGAAGAUGCAGAUGGACCUCGCUCCCCAGUUGUCGUACUCACCACGGAGAACUUUGAAAAUGCCAUUGAGCAGGGAUACACCUUUGUCAAGUUCUUUGCCCCAUGGUGCGGACACUGUAAGCGAAUGGCUCCCACCUAUGAUGAACUGGGUCGCAAGUUUGUGGGCCAUGAUAAGGUCAAAAUUGCCAAAGUUGACUGCACACAGGAAAUUAACAGAGGACUGUGUAGCCAGCAAAAGGUAAAUGGUUUCCCAACCCUGUUCCUUUACAAAGGUGGAGAGCAGAUCAGCGAAUACACAGGUGACAGAUCCCUAGAUGACAUGGUUACCUUUGUGACAUCUCACUUGGGACACGAUGAACUUUAGAAUUGUUUCUUUAUGAAUUUUCCUCUUUUUUUCCCCUUCUUUUACUAUUUUUCUGUAACUCCAAUAGUUGGUGUGUGAUGUUUUGAGUCUAUAAGGGUAUGAAGAGAAAAUUAUUUUAUUUAAUGUUAUAUAUCCUAUUAUUAAUUGUGGUCAUUUUUUUUCUCGCUUCCCAAUAACUGCUUUUUUUGUGCAUAUAAUUUGCAUCAUCAGGAGUAAAAAACAGAGAUAGAAGUAACACAGAGCUUAAGUAUUGGGAAGAAAGAUAUGAUAAAGGGAGAAAACAGAAUAAUUGAGAAUUUUCCCCCUCAUUCCUGAAGGACAUUUAGUCGCAGAAAGGUCGAGACUGGAAGGUUUUUUGUUUUUGAAAUCUCACCCUGUGACUUAUUUUCUUGCUCACUAAUGGUGUUAUACAAAUGUUAUUUGUUACAUUUUGUAUUUGUGAUAAAGAUAAGGGAAUUGAGAGGUAUGCUGUGUUUUUAUAACAUUAACUGUGAGUUCCAGGAACUGGAACAAGUUUUAUAACAAAUUUAGGAUCUCCUUAUAUUCUCCAAAUUUAAUAAAUUUUGAAAAUGUU